GCGCGCUCUCUCUCUCUUGCGCUGAUUUCAGCUCAGCCAGCAGCUCGCACCCCGCUUGCCUCGCGCCCUCCAGCAUGAAGGUCUCUGCAGCCCUCCUGUGCCUGCUGCUGGCACUAGCCGCCCUCAGCCCCCGGGGCCUUGCUCAACCAGAUGGGGUCAAUACCUCAGCGACCUGCUGCUACAAGUUCACCUAUAAGAAGAUCCCAAACCAGAGGCUGAGAAGCUACAGAAGAAUCACCAACAGCCUGUGCCCCAUGGAAGCUGUGAUCUUCACGACGAAACUGAGCAAGGAGUUGUGUGCUGAUCCCAAGCAGAAGUGGGUCCAGGAUUCUAUAGUGCACCUGGACAAGCAAACACUACAUCCAAAGCUUUGAACACUUACACAUGACCUGAAACCAAGCCAAGACU